AUGCGUGAUGCGGGCGAGGUCGAGGUGGCACAAGACGUGCACGUCGCCCCUGAGGUGGAGGAGUGGGUGAACCCACUGUUCGCCACAGCCGCGGAGGAUGAGGAGGCGGCAAAGGUUGCGGAUGCUGAGGAUGCCGGGGACCUAGAGGAGGAGGAGGAGGAGGAGGAGGAGGAGGAGGAGGAGGAGGAGGAGGAGGAGGAGGAGGAGGAGGAGGAGGAGGAGGAGGAGGAGGAGGAGGACGAGGACGACGACGACGACGACGACGACGACGACGACGAUGUGGAUGACGAGGAAGAGGAGGCGGAGGGUGGGCUGGAGGAGGACGCGAACGCUAAGCGGGCUGGAUUGCACGGUGCUGUGCUGCAGGCCCUGCUGUCAUGCGCGUCGCUCUCCUUCCCCACCCUCGUCUUCUGUCGCCUGCUCGCACAAGUGGCAUCCCACCCCUUCCUCCUCCUGCCCCACACCUACCAGCCGCAUUCCGGCUCUUUCUCCUCCGUCCCGUUCCCUCCGUUUCCUAACUCUCAUGCUUGCCGUUGCCCCACCAACAUGCCGCACUCUUCCCCAUUCUCCUCCUUUUCCCACUCUCCCCUUUUCCCCACCCUCCCACCUGCCCUAUGCUCCGAAUCUCCGUUUCACCCCGUUCCCACCUCCCACCUGCCGUGUGCUGAUUCGCGAAUUCUUGAAGUCGGACUGCUGAGUGCUGGUGGUGGGAGCGGGUGGGCUGGGCUGCGAGCUGCUCAAACACCUGCUGUGACCCACCCUUUUCUCCGUACCACCCCGUUCCCACCUCUCACCUGCCCCGCCCUCCUCCUCGCCACCCCUUCCCCACCAUGUCCAUUCAACCAGAUCCGCGACUUCUUGAAGGAGGACUGCCGAGUGCUGGUGGUGGGAGCAGGCGGGCUGGGCUGUGAGCUGCUAAAGGACCUGGUGCUGUCGGGGUUUGGCAGCAUAGACGUGAUUGACAUGGACACUAUCGAUGUGUCAAACCUUAAUAGGCAGUUUCUGUUCCGCCCGUCUGACGUGGGCAAGCCCAAGGCCGUGGUGGCAGCAGAGCAUUUGGCACUCAAAAACCCGGCUGAUGUGGGCAAGCCCAAGGCGGUGGUGGCAGCAGAGCGAGUCAUGAGCCGCGUGGGCGGGGUGAAGGUGACCCCUCACUUCUGUCGCAUAGAGGACAAGCCCGCCUCCUUCUUCAGCGAGUUCAACAUCAUCGUGUUGGGGCUCGACUCGCUGGAGGCGCGCUCCUACAUCAACAGCCUCGUCUGUGGCUUCCUAGGCGUCAACAUCAUCUUGGUGGGACUCGACUCGCUGGAGGCACGCUCCUACAUCAACAGCCUCGUCUGUGGCUUCCUAGGUGCGCCCUGUCUGUGGCCUUUUAGUACCUUCCUUCCUGCUCUCUAUCUCCACCCCUCCCCACCACCAGAAUACUCGCCUGAUGGCAAGUUAGGCCAGACAUCCAUCCGGCCGAGGGUGGACUGGGCCACGGAGGUCUUUAAGGGGCAUGCGAAGUACUCCCCUGAGGGCGAGCUGGACUUGACCUCCAUUCGGGGGAACGGAGGGCUUCAAGAGGCAUGCGAGGGUGCUCACCCCCCUUUCCUCCACCCCUCCUGCCCCACCCCUGUCUCCGCCCCCUCACCACCAGAGUACCCCCCCGAUGGCGAGCUGGACUUGACCUCCAUCCGCCCCAUGGUGGACGGCGGCACGGAGGGCUUUAAGGGGCAUGCCGGAACCAAGUUCCCCCUCUGCACGCUCGCUGAGACCCCGCGCUCGCCCGCGCACUGCAUUGAAUACGCGCACCUCAUCCAGUGGGGCGAGGAGCGGCCAGGAGAGUCCUUUGAUGCGGACAACUUGGAGCACAUACAGUGGAUCUACCACAAGGUGCAGAUGCCACCUGUACUUCAUUCGUGUCCCUCUCAUGCCGCUAUCAUGUUUAUUGCUGCUUCUCUCAUGUCAAUCUCCGCUCCCUCCUUCCCCUGCUUCCCCUCCCCUGCUUCCCCUCCCCUGCUUCCCCUCCCCUGCUUCCCCUCCCCUGCUUCCCCUCCCCUGCUUCCCCUCCCCUGCUUCCCCUCCCCUGCUUCCCCUCCCCUGCUUCCCCUCCCCUGCUUCCCCUCCCCUGCUUCCCUUCCCCUGCUUCCCCUCCCCUGCUUCCCCUCCCCUGCUUCCCCUCCCCUGCUUCCCCUCCCCUGCUUCCCUUCCCCUGCUUCCCCUCCCCUGCUUCCCCUCCCCUGCUUCCCCUCCCCUGCUUCCCCUCCCCUGCUUCCCCUCCCCUGCUUCCCCUCCCCUGCUUCCCCUCCCCUGCUUCCCCUCCCCUGCUUCCCCUCCCCUGCUUCCCCUCCCCUGCUUCCCCUCCCCUGCUUCCCCUCCCCUGCUUCCCCUCCCCUGCUUCCCCUCCCUGCUUCCCCUUCCCCUGCUUCCCCUCCCCUGCUUCCCCUCCCCUGCUUCGCCUCCCCUGCUUCCCCUCCCCUGCUUCCCCUCCCCUGCUUCCCCUCCCCUGCUUCCCCUCCCCUGCUUCCCCUCCCCUUCUUCCCUUCGUUCCCCUCCGGCCGCACGGCCCACCUCCUCUCUGCUCCGCGGCAGGCUCUCAUUCGCGCCCAGCAGCACAGCAUCACAGGCGUCACUCUCUCCCUCACGCAGGGAGUGGUGAAGAACAUUAUCCCUGCUAUAGCAUCAACCAAUGCCAUCAUAUCAGCAGUGUGCGCGCUGGAGACUCUCAAGAUCGCUACAAUGUGCUCCGCAGGGAUGAACAACUACGUGAUGUAUGUGGGCACGCAGGGCGUGUACUCACACACUGUGGCAUAUGAGAGGGACCCGGAGUGCCUCGUGUGCAGCGCUGGCGUGCCUGUGACCGUGCCUUCCACAGCCACUCUGCAGCAGUUUAUCGUCCAGCUAUUGGCCGACUCUCGUUUUGCCGCCCGCUUGCAAGCACCGUCCGUCUCUUUCUAUGGAUCCAACCUCUACCUCCGUGCCCCUGCGGUGCUCGAAGAGGCAACUCGGCCGAAUCUUUCCAAGCCACUGAAAGAGCUGAUGGAUGGAGUGGGCUGUGUGAAUGGGGAGGAGGGCGGAGAGAAAAAGGGUGUUUCGGCUGGAGGGGUGUUGAAUGUGAACGAUAAGAAGCUAGCAUGUGUGCUUAGAGUGAGGGUCUCUUUCAAAGACGAACUGUGA